AUAAAUGACCAGAAAAAAGAUCCUGGUCCUGUGACGUGACAGCACCCUCACAGGAAUCCCCUGAAUUCCCAGACGCCAACUUUGUGUAGGUGGUUCAAGUGCGGCAUGGAUGAUUAUUGCUUCACCUACUGUGUAACAAAGCCCUCCAACAUUGAAGAAAUAAGACACUUUAAUAGGCAUUGUACGUUUUGUGAACAUGACGGCCCCUCCUCCCCUCACAAGAAGAAGUGAAGGGGGAAAGUCUCUGCAGUCCGACUCCACUCCUGGAAGAAGUGGGGCAGCAGCCGAGGAAAAACACCUAAACCACAUUUUCCUACAACUAAUGGAAGCGAGAUUAUCCAGAAAAGAUCCUAAACUCGUUGUUUUUUAUGCAGGUAAAGCUUGAAAAUUAAAUAAGUGGACAUCAAACUUCUGCAUGUUUGGAGGAGUUUGUGAUGUAAGAGGUCUGCAGAAGAAAGUGUGAUGAAUGAACCCUCCGCGGCGCAUGGAGGAGAGCCUAUCCUGCAGGAGACAUGGGAGUGUGUGAGAGCAGCUCAGGAGGAGAUCCUGCUCUCUCCGUACCUGCCUGCGUCCUGCGCCUUUCUCAUCCACCUCCUCCUCUGCGCACCUUUCCUGGCGCUGGACGCGCUGGGCAGCGUCAGUCUGCGGGUCCGGUCGUGGAGGAUCGCCGCCGGCUCCGGCCCGCCGCCGUCCCUCCGUCAGUGGGGUGACUGCUUUUGGAGGGUGCUGUCCAGAUACCUGAGCACCGUCCUCCCCGCCACCGCCGUGUUCCAGACCCUGAGGAGCCCCGCGGUGCCGGAGCUGGCCCCGUCCUGCUGGCAGCUCUUCGUGGAGGUCUUUGCGUGCUGUCUGCUUUUUGACACGCUCUUCUUCAUCUGGCACCUCUCCAUGCACAGGGUCCCCUGGCUGUACAGAAACAUCCACCAGCCGCACCACCACCACCACAUACCUUUCGCUCUGGCAGCUCAGGACAGCAGCUCGGCUGAGCUCCUGUCUCUGCUGCUGCUGGCUCUGAGUAGCGCCUGGGUACUGGGCUGCCACCCUCUGAGCGAAGUCUUCUUCCACCUCAUCAACACCUGGCUGGCGGUGGAGGACCACUGUGGCUACGACAUGCCCUGGUCUCUGCACAGACUGCUGCCCUGUCUGGGAGGAGCGCCCCACCACCAAGCCCACCACAGUGUCCACAGUGGCAACUACGCCCCCUACUUCACCCACUGGGACCACCUCUUUGGCACACACCUGUCAUAAGAUGAGUUUGGGUCAAGAGUGAUAAAAUGCAGCUCCGUGGGGAAUUUGUCUGAACGUGACUAAGGCACAUUGAUUGGAUUGAGAUCUGUGAUCGCACAAAGUGCACAAAGUGCACAAAGUUUAAAACAAAUCAAAUACUGUCAUGCUGAACUUUAAGGGUUCAAGAGAUUGUCAGAUUUGUCAUAUUUUAAAUCAAUCCAUCCAUCCAUUAUGUAUACCGCUUUUCCUAUUUGAGGUCACGAGGGGCUGGACUGUUCACCAGCCAAUCACAGGGCUGACAUCGACGAGCAUGUCUUUGGACUGUUGGAGGAAGCCGGAGUACCCGGAGAGAACCCACACAUGCAUGGGGAGAACAUGCAGACUCCUCACAGAGAGACUCCUGUCAGACAGGGAUUAGAACCAGGAACCUCCUCACAGAGAGGCUCCUGUCAGACGGGGAUUCAAACCAGGAACCUCCUCGCUGUGUGGCAACAGCGCUAACCACUGCAGUACCAUGCAGCCCAAUCAAAUUACUGAAAAAUGUAUAACUGUACCUACAAACUGUAUGCGUCUUGUUUGUGGAUGAUCUCCUUUUCCAAUGACAUUUUUUGUGACCAUGUGAAUCCUUUUGAACACUCAUAAUCUCCAGCUGUUCUCCAGAAAGUGAAUGCAGCACGAGAUGAGAAGAGCACAACGAUGCACACAAAGAGACACACAAAGAGAUCCCAAAUUCCUGAGCUAAUGUGAAACUGAUGGGUGUGUCUUUGGAUGAAUCUAAAUGUGUGUCUUGUAUGUAGGUGUAAUGUAGAAAAUGUGAUUUUGAUUGAUGUUGAGCAUAAGUGGAGAAAGGAAACGUGAAGUUAAAGGGGAGUUUCUGCAUAGAGCUGAAAUUAGCUAGCAUUAGAUGAAGAUACUUCUGGACCCCCUGUGUCCACCUAGCGUGUAGUAGACAACCUUUUUUCCAAAUGUACUUUUUUCCCCGUAUUUUUGUCUCCUACGGAUCGUACACUGUACCUACUCGUUGCGUGUCCAGUCAAAGCAGGAGGACAAGCAUCGUCCCUUUGAUGCUUGUUGUGCAGGAGAAAAAAACAAUCUCAAAUCUACUUGCUUUUCAACCACACUUAACGCGUAGACAACGGGCUGCAUCAUGAACGUAAAUGUUCACAUCCUUCCCUUUGUAUAACGCUGUGUUACUGGAGGAUUCCUCUAGAGGGCGCACCACAUAAAUCAGACGACAUAAAACACCAGAGUAGCGAUUCUGGAUUUUGCAUGGUGCCAGAGGUGUUACUAUAGACAGUGCGGUUGCACCAGGGCCCAUGGCUCGUGGGGGCCUGUGGGGAGGAAGGACUGCCGGGCCCCUUAAAUGUUGAGACGCCCUUCAACUAAACGGAUGGUUUGUUUUUUGUGCGUUACAGUCAGUCAAAAUCUAUAACACAAUUACAUGCUUAUUCUACAUACACUAGAAACAAACUAUAUAUAUGUUAAAACGAUUCGAUUAAAUUAAUAAUUUCCCAAUUGUCUUAGUUAUUUUUCGUCAUAUCCUAAUAUGCAGUGAUGAUUGAUGGGUAAUAUGUUGUCAUGUUGUACAAAAGGCAGUCAAACCCGCGAUGGAUAAUUGCUGCACGCACCUGAAAGUCUGAGUGAGCGGGCGCGCUGGAUAUUCAGAGCGGGAACGCGCAGCAGAAGGAAGGAGAGCCCAAUUAUAAAACUCAAGUACCAGUAGAGGUGUGCGUGCGUCCUAGAGACCUGUAAGUUGUGUGUUAUAAAUUAUAAGUACAGUCAGGGGCGUCGUAGUGGGGGGAAAAGGGUGACUGACUACCCAGGGCACAGUGGGGAGGGGGGCCCUUCAUGGGCCUGAAAUAAAAAUGUAUUUCUUAUUUGGCUUUUUUCUCUAAGUUAUAACCACAAUAAGAAAACUAAAAUUGUCUGAAUAAAUAAACAAACAUUCAGAAUUCCUUUCUGGAAAAAAUGUGGAGUCUGUCUCAAAGGCCCCUCUCCCCCCUUCUGAAUGCGCAGAAUGGUUUAGUCCUCCCCGCACCUCUCGACUGGAUUGAUCUGUCGGUGGUCAGUUGAGUCAAGAGUGAGAGAUGUGGCAGGCUGCAGAUUAAACCAGAUUAAGCCAAGAAUAUCGUUUUGUUCAAUUUGUGUUUUAUGCAUAAAUUCAUCAUAUGAAUCCCCUUCAUAGAUACGAUUUCAUACGACCCUAUUUUGUAAAAAAUAUUACAUCGCGGUAAAAAAGAGUCCACUUUGGAGCUAUAUUUAGUGCCUUUCCCAGCAAGCUGGAUUAGUAACAUGACAUAGAACAGUAACAUAUUUGAUAUCAACAGAUUCUUUGUAAACUGUCAAUUCAUAUGAUACCAAUGUUGAGACCGCUUGUACACUGUUGUAAGGAGAAUUAAAACCACUUCAAGGAGAGAAGUUGUCUGCAUCUGUGUUUUAACAGACACGCCUGGAGCGAAGUGUGAAAUACGACUCAGCCAGUUAUCCAGUUCAUACAGUCCUUUUAAACCUCCAUAACACGAGUGUUGAGCUGAGGAGAGCACAGUGCACAUCUCCGAGCGGACAGAGCAAUUCAAAAUGCUUUUCCAACAUACAAGCUGAAGUCAAAAACAACAGGAGAGAAAGAAACAGGAGGAGAGGGCAGCAGAGCUCCCCACAUUAGACUCUUUUGGGUCCACAAACAGCCACAAGCCCCACAGCUGACCCCCUGCCCCUUCCUAGCAGCAACGCAGCAGUUCGGCUUCAACAGCCACGUUAGGAGGACAGAAGCUAUAACGUUAGCCCUGAAUAAUCAUGACAUUAGACCAGAUACACAUUUCAAGACAAGUUAUACAUGCAUUUUGUAACAAUCAAACACAUUGUUGCUAAAUGUAUAAUCUAAUUGUGUGUCUGCAUGGUGCAAUGUAAACAAACAUACACAUAGUUAGUUGCAGACUUCAUCUGUUACCUUUUCUUCUAAACUUUCCUCCAUUGUUGUAUCUGUUCUCUGGUGUCUCCGAUGUUUUUCUAAUCAGGUCUCAUCGCCAUGAGAACUCUACACUGCUCCUAGUGGUUAUAUGCAUAUUGCAUCUCGCGGACAUGUAGCAUUAAUUUCUGCGGACGUGCACAACCAACGCCCUGAAAUCACUGCAGGAUACGCAAAGCUGAUGUGAUGUGUACGUGUAGAUAAAAGCAAAGUAUACUUUGAGCUCACAGCCAGCGCUCUUCUGCCUGUAAAAAAUGCCAGAUGGACACAGGGCCUUUUGGAGUAUUUCAACAUUAUAGCGUUUUUUUUUUUUCUCCUUUUACCCCCCUGCAACCAGGCGGAUUAGCUUAGCACAAAGACUGAAACGCCUCCUUCAGCAGACGCUCCUGGAGGUGACUAAAGUUACCUACUCAAGUUAAACAAACGAGAAACUGUUUAAUCUUUUCAAUAGGUCAGCUGCGUCAGGUCCUCUGAGGCAGAUCCAGCUCCCUCCCUGUUGCCGGUCUUUAUGCUAAGCUAAGCUAAAGUGGCCGCUGCUUCAUACAGUGCAAACAUGAGAGUGGUAUCGAGCCUCACAUCUGUUCAGGGAAGCAAAUAAAUGUCAAAACUGUUCGUUUCAUGAAACACAAUGAGAAGAUAAACUGUGUUUAUUUGUAAAUGUUUGAAGUUGGGUUAAAGUUUUUGUACCACG